AUGAGAUUAAAGGAAAACAAAAAAGGAGAGAAGACUAAGGAGAAAGGAGCUUUCUUUGGCAGAAAGGUGACUGCUUGCGGUCAGAGGCGACAGCGGGCGGUCAGAGGCGACAGCGGGCGCGGUCAGAGGCGACAGCGGGGGGUCAGAGAGCGACAGCAGGGGGUCAGAGAUGAGAGCGGGCGGUCAGAGGCGACGCGCGGGGGGUCAGAGGCGACAGCGGGGGCGGUCAGGAGGCGACAGCGGGGGGUCAGAGGCGACAGCGGGGGUCAGAGGCGACAGCCGGGGGUCAGAGGCGACAGCGGGGCGGUCAGAGGCGACAGCGGGGGGUCAGAGGCGACAGCGGGGGGUCAGAGGCGACAGCGGGGGGGUCAGAAGCGACAGCGGGGGGUCAGAGGCGACAGCGGGGGGUCAGAGGCGACAGCGGGGGGUCAGAGGCGACAGCGGGGCGGUCAGAGGCGACAGGGGCGGUCAGAGGCGACAGCGGGCGGUCAGAGGCGACAGCGGGGCGGUCAGAGGCGACAGCGAGGGCGGUCAGAGGCGACAGCGGGGGCGGUCAGGAGGCGACAGCGGGGGCGGUCAGAGGCGACAGCGGGGCGGUCAGGAGGCGACAGCGGGGCGGUCAGAGGCGACAGCGGGGCGGUCAGAGGCGACAGCGGGCGGUCAGGAGGCGACAGCGAGGCGGUCAGAGGCGACAGCGGGCGGUCAGAGGCGACAGCGGGGCGGUCAGAGGCGACAGCGGAAGGCGGUCAGAGGCGACAGCGGGGGCGGUCAGAGGCGACAGCGGGCGGUCAGAAGGCGACAGCGAAGGCGGUCAGAGGCGACAGCGAGGCGGUCAGAGGCGACAGCGAGGCGGUCAGAAGCGACAGCGGGGGCGGUCAGAAGCGACAGCGGGGCGGUCAGAAGCGACAGCGGGGCGGUCAGAAGCGACAGCGGGGCGGUCAAGCGACAGCGGGGCGGUCAGAAGCGACAGCGGGGCGGUCAGAGGCGACAGCGGGGCGGUCAGAGGCGACACCAAAGCGACCAGCGAAGCGGUCGGAGGCGACAGCAAGCGGUCAAAGCGACAAUGAGAUGAUCGAAAGCGACAAGCUGACGGUCCCAAAAGCGACACGGUCAGAAGCGACAGCGAAGCGGUCAGAGGCGACAGCGGGCGGUCAGAAGCGACAGCGGGGCGGUCAGAAGCGACAGCGAGGCGGUCAGAAGCGACAGCGGGCGGUCAGAAGCGACAGCGGGGCGGUCAGAGGCGACAGCGGGCGGUCAGAGGCGACAGCGGGCGGUCAGAAGCGACAGAGGGCGGUCAGAAGCGACAGCGGGCGGUCAGAAGCGACAGCGGGCGGUCAGAAGCGACAGCGGGCGGUCAGAAGCGACAGCGGGCGGUCAGAAGCGACAGCGGGCGGUCAGAAGCGACAGCGGGAAACAUAA